GAGAAGCGGGAGAUCGAGGAUCCUGGCCAGUUCCCCGGAGCCUGCCGGCCCGUGAGCUUCUUCUCUCCGCCGAUAGCUGCUGGCUGCGAGGCCUGAUCGUCUUCUUCCCGGCCAUGGCUUUCGCAAAUCUACGCAAAGUGCUCAUCAGUGACAGCCUGGACCCUUGCUGCCGGAAGAUCCUGCAAGAUGGAGGGCUGCAGGUGGUGGAGAAACAGAACCUGAGCCAAGAGGAGCUGAUAGCCGAGCUGCAGGACUGUGAAGGCCUUAUUGUCCGCUCGGCCACCAAGGUCACUGCUGAUGUCAUCAACGCAGUGGAGAAGCUGCAGGUGGUGGGCAGGGCUGGGACUGGCGUGGACAAUGUGGACCUGGAGGCGGCAACGAGGAAGGGCAUUCUGGUGAUGAACACCCCCAAUGGAAAUAGCCUGAGUGCUGCGGAGCUCACCUGUGGGAUGAUCAUGUGCCUGGCCAGGCAGAUUCCCCAGGCGACAGCUUCCAUGAAGACCGGCAAAUGGGAGAGGAAGAAGUUCAUGGGAACAGAGCUGAAUGGAAAGACCUUGGGGAUUCUUGGCUUGGGCAGAAUUGGGAGAGAGGUGGCUACCCGGAUGCAGUCCUUUGGGAUGAAGACUAUAGGUUAUGACCCCAUCAUUGCUCCAGAAGUUUCGGCCUCCUUUGGUGUUGAGCAGAUGCCUCUGGAGGAGAUCUGGCCUCUCUGUGACUUCAUCACUGUGCAUACGCCUCUCCUGCCCUCCACCACAGGCUUGCUGAACGACCACACCUUUGCCCUGUGCAAGAAGGGUGUGCGGGUAGUGAACUGUGCUCGGGGAGGAAUUGUGGACGAAGGCGCCCUGCUUCGGGCUCUGCAGUCGGGUCAGUGUGCUGGCGCGGCACUGGAUGUGUUUACAGAAGAGCCACCACGGGACCGUGCCCUUGUGGACCACGAGAAUGUCAUCAGCUGCCCCCAUCUGGGCGCCAGUACCAGGGAGGCCCAGAGCCGCUGUGGGGAGGAGAUCGCAGUCCAGUUUGUGGACAUGGUGAAGGGGAAGUCUCUGGCAGGGGUUGUAAAUGCUCAGGCUCUUACCAGUGCCUUCUCCCCACACACCAAGCCUUGGAUCGGCCUGGCCGAAGCUCUAGGCACACUGAUGCGAGCCUGGGCUGGCUCCCCCAAAGGGACCAUCCAGGUGGUGACAGAGGGAUCCUCUCUGAAGAACGCAGGGACCUGUCUGAGCCCCGCAGUCAUUGUCGGCCUCCUGAGAGACACCUCCAAGCAGGCGGACGUGAACUUGGUAAACGCCAAGUUGCUGGUGAAAGAAGCCGGCCUCAACGUCACCACUUCCCACAGCCCCAUGGCCUCAGGGGAGCAGAACAGCGGGGAAUGCCUCCUGACUGUGGCCCUGGCGGGUGCCCCCUACCAGGCUGUGGGCUCAGUCCAGGGCACGACCCCAGUGCUACAGAUGCUCAACGGAGCGGUGUUCAAGCCCGAAGUGCCUCUGCGCCGCGGCCUGCCCCUCCUCAUGUUCCGAGCUCAGCCCUCCAACCCCGUGAUGCUGCCCACAAUGAUUGGACUCCUGGCACAGGCAGGCGUGCAGCUGCAGUCCUACCAGACCUCGAUGGUGUCCGACGGGGAGACCUGGCACGUCAUGGGCAUCUCUGCCCCGCUCCCCAGCCUGGAGGCGUGGAAGGAGCACGUGUCCGAGGCCUUCCAGUUCUGCUUCUAGCCUGGUGCCUCCCCCCCCGCUGCCUCUGCGAGUCUUGACCAACAGGGAGAGGAGAGCCUGUGUCCCAGGGCUAAACCCGGGGGGCCUCUGAUCGGAACCGCAGCGCCAUUCUAAUAAAGAAUCCCCCAGCUCUGG